AAACAAUAAACCUCAUCUGAGCGGAGAAAACAGAGACAGUAGCUCACUAUAAAGUUUACGAAGAUGUCUGAGGGUGAAGGCGAGCUGUGUGCUGUGAAUAUUGCAGUCGGAUAGCUGUUGUUGACAUUGGAAUUGGCUUGGUGUCCUUUAGGUUUAAUAAACAACAAUAAAAGACUAAAUAAAGUGAAAUAAAUAGUGUUAAAGGCGGCGGUAUGGAGGAAUACAGCACAACUGUCAGAACAUCCGGAUUGGUUUUGAGUUCAUUAAUGUUUCAGCAUCUAAACAGUGACUGUGAUGUGGAGGGAUUAUUACUCGGUGAGAGUGUCGGAGAGGAGAAGAGCAAAAUCACUGACUCACAGACGGACCACAUACAAUUCGUGCACACAAUAAAUAUUCAAAAGCACAUCACAUGCAGGAAGACUCACAGCUUCUACAACAACACUUGUGAAGUGGACAAAGAGAAGAUUAGGCAGGUUCUGUCCAAUCUCAAAGAGGAGAAUGUGAUUGGCUGGUAUCGCCAGCGCAGAAACACCAGUCAACAAAUGACUCUCAAAGAACAGUUGGUUCAUCAGAAUUUGAGGAAGCUGUUGCCGUAUCAGGAACUCAUUUUCUUGCUGCUCACGCCGUCUGAGGUGACGUUGUCGCACUCCACCCACCGCCUCGAGUACACAGCCUUCAUAUGGAACGGCAGUCAGUACAGUAGUAUCCCAGUCUCAGUGAGCAACCUGGGUAUGCUGGAGCAGCAGGAUUACUGGAGAGUCUCUGCUACAUGUCCCUCUCUGAGUCACUGUCAAGCCAUAAAACAACACAGAGCCAAAUUCUUCUCUUCAGAGCAGGACCUCAGAGAGGUGGAGGAAGUCAACGACAUGAAUGACGCCUUGUUAGAUGAAAUGAAGAGUGCGUGUGUGAGAGUGGAGAAGAGCGAGCGGCGAGUGGAGAAGCUACAGGCUGAGAUCACUGAGCUCAGAGAGGCCGUCAGAGAGCGGAGGAGAAAACUGCAAGACAGUGACACCAAAGAAAGUUCUCCUCCUGAAAAACCCGAGGAGAACGUCCUGCUGUGUGCGGCUCUGAAAGCGCUGUUCCCCAACACGCCGUCAUUACGCAGUCAGACUCUGAGCGUCGAGGGUUUCCCCGUACUGCACAUGUGCUGCACUGAGGACCACGGCGUCGACGUUCCCACCAAACUGCCGCUGCUGCUGCUGCAGUGUGAUCACACCGCGAGGAAGAGGAGAAUGAGCUCGGGCUCCAGGCUGAAGGGGAAAUUUCAGUCCACAGGCGUCUCACAGAAAGGUAAAAAGAGGAAGGUGGACGCAGAGCUGAGCGAGCCACUGUCCGAAAGCGGGUCUGACACCGAGGUGGAGGUGAGCAGCCCGAACCAAAGCAACUCCCCGGUGUUUUAAAGACUUGUUUAGAUAACAAGGAAUAAAACACAACUGACAGGGUGGUGUGAUGAAGCGGAGUUACUGUUACCACCCUGUAGUUGAUUAUUUUCCUAUAACAGCAGAUCCCCAAGUGUUUUAUUCCUCUUACACCACUGUAAUUUGCCAACCAAUCGUUACAAUCGUUAAUUAUUAAAGAACGACGUCAUACUUUUUAUUGUUUUAUAGGUACAUUCAAUGUUGUGGAAUGUCAUCCAAACUAGGUACUUCCUACUUCCUGUCUCCAUUUAUGUUGUAGCAGCUAUAAAAAUAUAUAUCAUUUUUUGUAUACAUUUUAAAUGUGAAAAUAUCUGCUUAAUGUGUUCACUGUUAAAGAAUCCUGUUUAUGCAAUGAUUUAAAAAAAAAAACCCUGUGUUUUUCUACUUCCUGUUUAGUUUGUUCACAUGUAGCCCAGUGUAUGGGUAAUAGAUUAAGUAUCCACUUAAUCAGUCAUUAUUAAAGAUCAAACUGCCUGCUGUUAGUCACAGUUCUGAAAUGAUGCCUGAUUAAUAAUGAAUAAAUUGUCUUUAAUUGUCUUUUCCAUUAAAUCGCAUUUAUAAGUGGUGUAUUAUAAAUGAGAUUAAGUGGUGAAUACAUAUGGAUUCAUUACUAAAUUUUGGACUGCAAAAAAAGCAAAACGGAGACAUUAAUAAUAAAUCAUAUUAUAUCGUUUCAUAUCUAUAACCUAUUACUAAACUACGUAAGUGGGUUUCUAGAGGAUUAAAUAAGACUAUAGCAAAAAUAAACGCAGUAUUCGGAACUAAUCUACUGAAUCUUAAUCAUGUUUCAGUGAUUUCAGCUGUGAUUCACGUGUUGUAUGAUAAAAUAUAGAUUUAAAUCAUUCACAGAUUAAAGCCUUUAACUGAAAAAAAUAUUAUGCAGGGAUUUGAUUAUAUCAGGAAAUUAAUUGAGAAUGAAAUAUAAAAAAUUUUUAAUUGUGGAAUCAACCUUAAUGAUGUGAUUGUGUAAUUAAGUAAACUUUUUACUCUGCAGCUAAAAAGGUAAAAAGCUUGUUUGCUUUAUAGUAUUGAUAUGAGAGUAAAUAAAAUGAAAGAUGAAAAAAAAAACAGGUUGACACACUCAGGUUUUUAUUCAGUACAUU